AUGCGCAUUACAGUUCAGCGCCGCCUCGGCCUCCCGCUCGAUGUUGCCUGCCAGGCGGUGGAGGCGGGCAAGAAGGCGCCAAACGGCAAGCUGCACGAAGAACUCGGCGAUGCCGCAAUGGUCAACCCGCGUGCGAAGCACGCGACACGACACAAAUACCUGCUCAAACGACUCGUCAAGACCCUUCGCUCGGCGUGGGGCAUGCUCAUCGAGAUGGAGCCGACUGCACACCUCAGUUACAGUAACCCAAAACAACCUGACGUGGCGGCGGCGAACAUCGGCAAAGGGCAUGUGCGCCUCGUUGGCGACUUGAAACUUACGAGCUCGCUUGCGUGCAAGGGUGGCGAUCGGCUCGGCUGGAAGGGGGCUUUUGUCGCCUUCGGCAACACCGAGCGGGAGCUGCUCGACUUAGGCGACUACCAGUUCGCGCGGGAGAAGAAUUGCGACCUGCGUUUGCUCGACUUCGAGACGUUCGGCGGCUUCGGGGACGGCGUCCGCAAAAUUCUUCGGCAGGCGGCGGACCAGCUGAGUAACAAACUUUCGCACGCUCAGCACCUCGAUGAGGUCACAUGGACCACCAAGAACUGGCACGGGCUGCAGAUGCAGCGCUUGUCUGUCGUUCUCCACACCGCCGUGGCGUGGCAGACGGUGAACGAGCUAGCGUGCGGGGACAGCGGCAUUGUGCACGGUGCUAAGUGCAUUGCCGUUCUUAACGGAGUCGCUUAG